AUGGUGCCGACGCAAGCGCCGCAUCAUGCACGGUUUCAGCCGGUGAUUUUCAGCGAUGCCGGUACGACAUUAUACCCAUUGUGCGAGACGCGCUCCGAGCCGCUGCCCAAGGCGCUCGUUCCCGUGCUCAACAGGCCCAUGAUCGCUUUUCCGCUCCAGUGGCUCGUCUCUGCGGGCUUUCGCGCUUGCUUGCUUGUCGCGCCCAUUGCCGAGCACUCGGCGCUUGCUGCUGCGCUGCGCACGCUGUCGCUGGUCGCGCCGAAUGCAGACACCGAGUACUCCGCCAAGCCCAACGUUGCCGUCACAGCGCGCAAUGUGGGGCCGACGCUCGUCGGCACCGAGUCCAGCUCGCCGAGCAAGCCCGUCAUGCACGUCGAGCUCGUUCCUUUCGGGCCGAAGCCUGGCGAGAGCGUGCGCAGCCUCUGGCAUCCAAACACCCCGCUCACGCGUGCGCGGUGGGGCACCGCGCAAAUCUUGUACUGGCUCGCAGCCACACGCAAGCUCGAGCUCGACCCGUUGAUCGUGCCGCUGGACCUCAUCGCACCCGACACCCCUCUUUCGGCGCUCAUUGCGACACAUCUGAGCUCUAUGCCCGAUCCACCCACACUCAGCUGCCUCUUUUACGAGCGCGGUGCGGGCGAAGGCACGGGCAAAGACCGCGAGCGCGACGGGCCUGCGAAUUUGUUUUCUGUGUAUGCGCGCACUCCGCUGCGCGUCCAGGAAGGCACGCUGCCGAGCCCAGGUGCACGCCGCGACGUGAUUUCUGUCCAUGCUCCGCUCCUCGUCAUGGACUCGGACGACGUCUUGGACAAGAACGCAUCGGACUUGGAGCUGCGCAUGAGUCUGUUGUGGAAGCAUCCGCACGCACGUGUAAGCACAACCUUGCUCGACUCCCUCGUGUACAUUGUGCGCCUAGCACCGCUUCUCCCGCUCCUCGAAAAACACCCGGAGCUGAACAAUAUCAUCGAGCAGCUCGUUCCUUUUAUGAUUAAAUGCAGCUGGCAAACGCGCCUCAGCAAAAAAGCCGCGUGGAAUGUGCCGCUGGACGCUGCCGCGACGAAUAGCAUUCCCGAUACUUCGCUCGAGCUGUCGAAUACCAACGUGCCCCCGCCGUGGAUGAGUAUCACAGAGUCAGACGCUGCUUGGGCUCCGUACCACCCACGCUGCGAGCUCGUUAUCCAGCGCCUGCGUCCUGGAUUGCAGCGCUCUCUGCCGCCUGCCGCCGAACUGGAAAAGGUGCGCGCCGGGAUGCCUGGCGAGGAAUCGUUUAUCGCACGCGCGAAUACCGUGCCGACGUACUUGGAGUGCAAUCGAUACCUGCUGCGCCACGCGACCUCUCCGGAAGGCCUCGCCCACUUCUCGCUCCCCAGCGUUUCUGGCACUGGAUCUCUACCAUACGAGCCAAACAGGGACACCGACAGCUCCAUCCAUCCCCGCGCACAGCUCUCAGCAGACUGCAUGGUCGGCGCAGGGGCGAAAAUUGAAGAGCGCGCGACAAUCAAACACUCGAUCCUCGGGCGGAACUGCGCCGUGGGCAAAGGCGCGCGUAUUAUGCGCUCCGUUCUCAUGGACGGUGUCCACGUCGGCGAUAACGCUAAGCUCGAGAACUGUAUUGUUGGCCACGAAGCCACGAUAGGCGACCGCAGCCUGCUGCGCGAGACGGAUGUCGGGCCGCAGUACGCUGUCGCGCGCGGCGCAGAGUCGAAAAACGAAAAGCUGGUCGUGUUUGACGGCGAGACGGACGAGGCAGAUAUUCAGAUGCACUAG